GCGGUUGGUGGACCUGCUCCCGAGUUAGUCAGUUGACCAAUUCGCCUCGUCCCUGCACUUCAGAAAUGGACGCUCAGUCUCACAAGUCCGACCCCGAGGAAAAAACGGCCCCAGCUGAGCAAGAUGCUACGGAAGCUCCAGGACCACCAGCCGGUGCCAAAAGCAGGUCUCCUGAUUCGGCAGAGGACACAGCCGACAGUCAGGCUACCACCGCCGCCCGCGCGGCUGCGGCUAGUCCAGGCGCGCCGCGACUCUCCAGACCAGCGUUAGUGCUGGCCCUCGCCAGACGGAACCGUGUACGUAGACGCCGCGCUGCCAUCCGCCGGGGGCUGCUUGUCGCCAUCCAGCAGCUGGUCCAGAAUGACCGCCAGUUCCUGGAGCUGGAGCAGCGCAUUGUGGCUGCCAUCGAGGGAAUGGUGGCCCUGCAGGAGGCCGGCCUGGCGAGUCGGGACCGCCUCGCAGACGCACUGAUCGAGGCCAUCGCUCGUAGACGUCCGUGAUAGGUACAGAGUACCGAGAAGCGACAUGGGUAUAGAUCCGAGCGUCGGACCUGUUAUUCCUUUGUUUUAUGCUCGAGCCGAGGCAUUGGCUCUUCUAAUCUAACGUACUCGGGAUGGUUAUGAUUUUAUUUUUGAAUAAAACCAGCGUCCUGCUUGUUCGCA